AUGUUCCUGCUUAAUUAUCGAUCUGUCAUCUCUGCAGGAGCGGCUCUUGUGCUGCUCACGCAAACUGCCUUCGGUCAUGUUCAUGGUUCGCAAGAAAUGACUAUGGAUAUGGAUAUGUCACCCGCUAUGAAUUCCACUGCUCCAGCGGCCCCCAAAGACUACCCGCCAACCUAUUUUGCCCAUCCUGAGCACAUGGGCUUGAUAUAUGCGCAUGUUGCCCUCUCUGUAGUUGCCUGGAUCUUUAUCUUGCCCGUUGGUGUCAUGCUUUCAAUAGCUCGCUCACGAGCUACCCUACCUCUCCAAAUAGCGUUCAGCAUUCUCAACGCUGUAAGCAUCUUCUGUGCUACGGUGUACAACGCGCGGACGCCCGAUCUAUAUCCCAACAACGCGCAUCACAAAAUUGGAUGGAUAGUCACGUUAGUUGUCUGUGGUCAAAUCUCCAUUGGGCUGUCCGGCAGCAUCGCCAAGAUCAUUCGGAAUUUUGGCAGCAAAGAGCUCUCAGAUGCGAGUGAGAGCCGGGCCUUCUUGCUUGCAGCUACCAACCCAAGGGAUCAAUCCAUGGGUUUUGAAGAUGCGCAAGACGUCAGUCCAACGUCACCACCCUUUCGCAAUAGCUCAAUUUCAACAGCAUAUGACGAGACAGCGGGUGACCUCCCGGACCCAAAGGACUACGACUUAGAAAACUAUGACGAGGCAUUCGAUGCACCACCCUCGACUAGCAAUGACAAUUUACACAGGCUGUUACCUUCUAGGCCAGUAACGGUUGUAUUUUCACAUAUGCAACGGUGCUUGGCCCUAUUUUACAAAGUCGUUGAUCGUAUUAUCCUUCCCUUUGGAUUCGUAGCCUUGGCUACAGGCAUCAUAACGUUCGCACGAUUUUUUGAGGGACAUGAGGUCUUCAGCGGCUUGGCACACUGGAUCAAGGGAGGUGUCUUCUUUUGGCUUGGACUCUUCAACCUCGGUCGAUGGUCAGGUGCCUUUGCGGAACUCGGUUGGGCAUGGAAUCGCCGUCCUCGUAAUGGUAACAAGAGAGAAGGCUGGGUUCCUACCGCUGAAUUCGUAGAAAGUUCCCUGAUCUUGUUUUACGGCUCUACUAAUAUUUUCCUCGAACACCUUGGGAACGCUGGCCAAGCAUGGUCCUCCCAGGACCUGGAACACAUGUCCAUUACGGUUCUAUUCAUUGGCGGUGGUUUGUGUGGUAUACUCAUCGAGUCUCAUGCUAUUCGGAAAUUUCUCAAUGUCAAUGUCCAUAACCGGGCCGCUCAACAGCCUUCCACUUUAAACAAUGAGGAGAACGGGCUCGAAGAACCAGAAACAUACGAUUUUUCACUAAAUCCUAUCCCAGCGCUGGUCAUCCUUAUACUCGGCAUAAUGAUGAGCUCGCACCAACAAUCAACCAUGAUUUCUAGCAUGGUUCAUAAACAAUGGGGAAAUCUCUUACUAGGAGCAUCUCUAUCCCGCGGCUUGACCUACUUUCUAAUCUAUCUUCGGCCCCCAACCUCAAUUUUUCCUUCUCGUCCUCCAACAGAACUGCUCUCUGCGUUCGGCCUAAUUGCGGGAGGCAUUAUUUUCAUGGCCAGCAGUUCUGACACCAUUGAAGGAAUGAUUCAUUACAACCUAGACGCAAUGUUUUUCUAUACUGUCACAAUGGGAUGCUCUGCACUACUGAUGGCUUGGGAACUCGUAGUGCUUGCCAUCAAAGGUUUCGCGUCAACUAGGACGGAAAACACCAUCUUUAGACGUUGA